AUGGAGGUGGCUCAGCUGGGCUUGGGUGGGUGGAAGUUGAAGAGUGUGGCUAGUGACCGCACUACCGGAAUGUGGCUUUCCUUAGCGCUGUGCAACACUGCCAUCCACAUACCCCCCAACUUUCUCCAUUACAAACCCACGUGCACGGCUUCCACAUUCGACGGGCUUCUGUCUGCCACGGCACCACACCGCACCUUCACCACGUUUUGA